GCCUUUCAUUUUACCCGAGCCCCUCUCUCUCUCUCCUCAGAAACUCUCUCUCUCUCUCUCUCUCUCUCUCUCUCUCUGCGUGUUACUGUUGCCGACGACGCAGGAGUACUUUCCGGCCACCAUUUUUAGCCACGCGCCGGACCGUUGGAUUCAGAGGACUCCGAACUAUCGACCCACGCGGGAAUCUAGAGCUCACUCGCCGAUUAAACGCCUCAACCACUCGAUUUAAGUUCGACCACCCCGCGACUUCAAAGUUGCGAUUCGGCCACCUCGGGCAUCCGUUUGCCCAUCCGUCACCACCAUCGUGCUCCUCGUGUUGUGGGCUUCAAAACCCAAUAACUUGUUCCUACAUCUACCAUAGUUGGGUGGUGGGCCCACCACGAGCCACCGCGAUCCACCGUAGUUCGACGGUCGAAACUUAGUGUUCGAGGUUCCGAAGUACGUUUUGAGUCUCAGAAAAUCAUCGUUUGACUUAUUGUGGAACCCGAUCAUUUUGGAUUUGUAUGGAUUUGAUUGAUUGACUCUUGGUGAGGAAUUUUAAAAUAAGCUAAGGACCUAAGGUGUGGCUUUAGCUGUUGAGCAACUUGUGGAGCACGGACUCAAUAGCAAUGCAAUAAUGGUUUAGAGUUUUCAUAUGGCUGCCUUAAAUUUAAAGUAUUCAUACGUGUAAUAAUUUCUUCUAAUAAGUUUAUAUAAAAGUUUUAAAUUUUUCUGUAUUUCUUCAUAUCAUUUUAUUUAAUUCUUUUGGUCAAGUGCCUUACAUACUCGUAAACCCUAGAAUUACGAGUAUGUGGCAGACGUACCCUACCUUAGGGACGUUACACCACAGACGAGAUGUGGAAUGGGAUAGCUGUGCAGUAUGGGACCAAUGACUAUAGGGACCUUUCGAGGUUAUCACCAACUUAUAGGGAAGGCCCUCCCCCCGCCUCUUCUGAAGACGGGGGAAUUUCAUGGUCCCCAAGCUCGAUCUCGGGGGAAAGUUCCAGCAACAUGGACUCCGACCUCGACGCCCUCAUCGACAAUGCGGGUGCCAAGAGGAGCAAGCGCCCCAGGGCAAGGGGACUGACAACCAGUCAGCCUGGGAAAAGCUCCAAGAGAUCCAGGAAAACGCCUCCUCCUCCCCCGCCGGCUUCGAGCUCUGCUGCUGCGUCGACUGGCCAGACUAACGUCCCCACGACGAUACCACCCUCGCAGGUCGUCGUCCCUGUGGUGGCGCCGGCCUCGCAGACUGAUAUCGCUGCCGUGGUUGAAUCCCAACCUCCUGUGGCGGGUCAAAUGCCUUCUACCCAGCUCGCCAAAAGACCUUCUGCUUCCCGAGCCCAGAAGCUAACUAUUUCCACCCAUAUGGAUUCGUAUGUGGUGGAUAAUGCUGCCGGUCCUCACGGGUCUACGCUGAUCUCGGAUGUAAUGUCCCGGAUUGGCCAGAGCUACGGCAAUUUUGAGGCUCCUCAGUGGCAGUGUCUAACUGGCACUCGGGACCGCACUGUCCUGUACGAGAAGAGUAUCGAGCACACUGCCUCGGCUCUUGCUUUCACUGCCCAGCUUAAUUACGAGCUGAACAACGAGGUCCAUACGAGCAGGACCCUCGUCCAAGAGGAGAGGGACCUCCACCUUAAAGCGAAUGACGACCUGAAGGCAGUGAAUACUAAGCUCGAGGCAGUGGUUAAGGAGCGUGAGGAAAUGGCCAAGGAGCUCAGAAAGCUGAAAAACGAACUUGAGGAGCAGAAGAAAGACAACAUCCAGCUUCGGGAGACCAACAAGAAGCUCGAGGAAGACAAGAUCGUCACCCUCGACCUCAUGGAGGAUAUCAAAACCCGCCUUACUGCUGAGUUCAAAGAAAAGAAGGAAACGGCGGUCGAUUCAGCCAUGUACCGGAUGUGGGCCUAUAACGAAGAACUGGACACCAGUUUUUUGGGUCCCCUCGAGGCGUCCUUCCUGGAACGAUGGAAUGCCCGGCUCGAGAAGGAAGAGGCUGACCAGCUCGAGAAGGAUAAAGCUACUCCGAGUACUGUUUCGGAGGGAGCUCAGGAGGAUAGUCAUGCUAUUCGUCCUGAGGGGUCCGGUGCCACUGAUGCUGAGAAGGCCAAGGAGACUCCUCUUCUUUGAAUCUGACCUCGGGGAGAUCAGUUUUCGGGGCUGCGUCCCAUUAUUUCUGUAAUUAUUUCAACUUGUGCCCACGGGGCUGAUACAAUUCCCUUUAUUAUUCUUUUAUAUACUUACAUUUCUUGGUUCGAAAUAUUUUGCAUAUUUUUAUAAUUGAUGGACCGGUUAUGUUUAUUUAUGCAUACAAACAUAGUUUGGAUUUAGGCUCGAAAUUCGAUGCAUUCAUGCAUAGUUUAUUCGAUUUAUCCGUUUCCAACCUCGUUAUUUAUCAAGGUCGGACAUUACUGUAACCAUGAACUGAAAAGUACUUAUAUGGCAUGUAAUAUGAAUGAUUUGGUUAAUCUUUUUAGUCACUUUCCCUCAUCCUUAGUAUCUUAGCUCCGAGGUUAUGAGUUCGAAACUAUUUUAAGAUGUUCCAGCCUCGAUCUCGACAUAUUUUGUGACGGGUUUAGGCUCCCAUUCAUCAUUGAUCGAUAAUUUGGCUGGUUUGUUCCAAACCUGUUAUGCUU